AUGGCGCUGGAAGAUAUCGUGUACGUCAUUUGCGACAGCCAGAAGGGCCCAGUUUCACUUUGUGGGUGGAUAGUCGGGCUGCCGGGCGCAGACGCUGUGAUCGGGACUUCAGUGAAGGCCACCCUUGGCCUGCCGCAGACUGCUAAAGGAAAGCAGGGUGAGCACGAGGUCUCUUUUGUGCGUGUGCCCUUAGCUGCCGUGACCGAGCAAGCACCUGCUGGAUGGACCGGGCUGCGCCCCAAGGAUCUGCCUCCUUUGAGGCCCUGCCAGGCUGCUUGGAAGGCCGUCGAAAAAGGCGGGGCAGAGCUGGAGAGCAGUGGGGCCGAGAUGCCUCGAAGCACGAAGGCAGCUGGCAAGACCCGAGGGUCCUUGAAAGAGGAUUUGAAGAGCCUGCAAGGGCUCUGGAAGGACGAGGAAGACGAAGACGAAGACGAGACGGACGACGAAGAGGACGACUUCCCUCGCAGCCGCCGGAAGAGUCGAGUUCUACCGCCGGGGCAGACGGCCAAGAGCCGCAGCUCCCGGGAAUCGCGGGAAGAAGGAGGCGAUCUGGACAUGCGAAAAAUGAUUCGCAAAGGUCUGGCCGAGGGCCAGAGCCCCAACGAGCUGAUGCCUUUGAUGUUGAUGACUCUCGCUUUGGAAAAAGGCGAGGGCCGCCGGAAGAAGAAAGGCAAAGAAGCAGGUCGGGACCUCAACCUGCUUGGUUUUUCGGACUCCGACGACAGCGACGAGGAGACAGGGCACUUGGGGAAGGGCAUGCAGGCAGUGGCCACGCUCCACCGCUUGCACGAGUGCAUCAGGAAGCGGCCCAGGCGAAUCAUCCAGCAGUUCGAGGCCGAGGUUGUGAGAGAGCCCGGUGUGACGGCCGGCCAGCCAUGGACCCUCAACGACUGGGUCAAGCGCCAGAGCUGGGGCAAGUUCAAGGGACUGCAGAGGGCUGCCGUUCAGGAUGUCGAGGUCUACGAGUUGCUCCGCAACGGGGAGUCAGCCGCCGCAGCGGCACAAGUGAUCCAGAACUUGAAAAGCAAGGAGUUCGCCGGCUCGAAGCAGGAGAUGGCGAUCAUCUCUUCCUAUGUGAAGGCCCUGGCCGACCUCAAGAAGAAGGUCCGCGAAGGGCAAUCGGCCGGGAGCGCAGCCGACGAGGAAGGGGACGGCAUGGCAGCCGCCCCGCGCAAGGGGCCCAAAGUUUCCUGCUGGAGCGGUCCGGCGACCAUGUGCCACUCUUUCCAUGUGCCUUGCCCUUCCCCGAAGUGGUGGUGGCAGCGAGCUUCCCGUCGGAUGAGUCAGGGAUUUUGUUGGUGGUCCCGGGCCUUCGUGAAUACGUUUGUGGCCUGGGGCAACUUCGUGACCUUGGGGUGUCCGGCGGAGGGUGCAAGUGCAUAUGAGCCGCGAGUGAGCUACAGAUGUGCGGCGGAAGCCCGGGCUUUCGCUCUUGAGCUCCUUGGCGAGGUGGAGGAAUUUGCUACUUUGGACUUGGUUCUGGGUACCGGGAAAGGUUUCGACCGCUUUGCCGGUGGUCGCCUCGCGGGUGGCUCUGACUUGGCUAGCCUCAAGAAGGCAGAGGAUGCCUGGGGUGAGCUGGUGCGCAGGCUAGUUCGGCAUGGUAUGGCGCUCCCGUUCUUGGAGGACGCUCUUCCUCGCGAUCGUGAAGGGCGGCCGGAGAACGCCACCAUGGAGAAGCUGCCUUGGGCCAAGCUCCCGAGCGGGGCGGUGCACGAGUCGGUGUUGCAGAGGUGGGGCUUGCUCGGGGCCGAUUGUACUUUGGUCUAUGGCGAGCCGGUGCUCGCUCGGCCGGUGCCAUUGGAUGGAAGCUUCCUGCCACCACCCCCUCUGCCACAGGAUGAGGACGUGCAGAAGGUGGCGGCGGCCGAGCAGGCGUACGAGGAGGCGGGCUUGCAGCGUGCCAUCCACAAGGAGUUUCGGUUCCAAUGUGCUUUCAAGGCGUGGGGUGCUGAAGUCGACGGCGUGGCCGGCAAGGUCGGUGCGCCCAAGGACGUGCGCAGGCAGGUCUGGAUGCUCCUGUUCAAGAUUGUGUCGGGUGGCUGGGCUAGUGGAGAUGUUCUUCGGCAAGUGCUGGGCUAUUUGGCCUAUAUCUUCCAAUACCGUCGGGAGCUUUAUGCGUUGCACCAUCGUAUGUAUAAGUUCGUGGAUGGGAUGCCUCCGGACAGGUGGAUCAAGCUGCCGAAUUAUGUGCUGGACGAGUUGCGGUCGUGUGCUUUGCAUCUGCCUUUUGCUGUGUCUUCCAUGCGCCGCCGGGUGUCAAGCACCUUGCUGGCGACCGACGCGACUCCGACCUCAGGUGGAGCUGUGGUCACGGAGGCCCCCGAGGCCCUGGCAGAAGAGCUCUGGAGGCAGAGCGAGAUCAAAGGCGAGGCCGUGCGCAUUGACCGAGGGCUGGAGAGCGAACUGAGCGACAGUGCUCCGAAGGUGCCCUCGGUUUUCGCCAGCACGGUCGGCGAGUGCCUACCUUGGCAUGUGGUCGCAUCUUACACUUUUCGUGAGACCUCCCACGUCAACUUACAGGAGCUGCGUGCGUGGCGCCGGGAAAUGUGCCGCAUUGCAGCCAGCGGGGGACACGGGAAUUGCAUCGUAGUGGCACUCAAUGAUUCGCGUGUCGUGGUCGGUGCCGUGGCCAAGGGAAGAUCGUCAAGUGUGCGAUUAAACAACCUGCUGAGAGGCGCCCUGCCCCACUUGAUCCUGGGGGGUUUCGGCCGCUUCCUGCUCCUCGUGCUCCUCCAGGACCUCAACCUUGAGAUGAAUCCACCUUUGGAUCUGUUGCAGGGGGGCGCCGGACAAACCCGAAUCGCGGAGUUGCACAUUGAUGUGGCCCGGGGCUUUACCAACUGGCUGUGGCUGGCGCCGCCAUGGACAGGCUUCACCGCGUGGGAAAACACACGGCCAGGUGGGCCACCCCGGCGGGAUCAUCGGCAACGAGGCGACUGCGCUGAUCCCGGAGUGGCUGAGGCUUCAGAGCUGUGGCAGUGUUGCCUGGACCUGGCUUGGGCCCUCUUGCAGGCUGGUGGCUACUUCUUCCUGGUGCAUCCACGGCGCAGUCGAGCCUGGGGCCUGGCUACCACAGAAAGCCUUUUGCACGUCGAGGGUGUUCGCUUGCUCAAAGUCGACGGCUGUGCUUUUGGUCAGCCUCGUGGCCGUGCGGUGCCCAAGCUACCAUUGCGAAUCUUGACGAAUGCACCGUGGGCCCAAGCCAUUGAGAAAGAGUGUCCGGGGACCCAUGUGCCUUGUGAGUGGCAGCCUCGUUUUCAGACAGAAGUGAGUCGGGAGCUGGGCCGUGCGGUGGCGGAUGCCCUCGUACGGUGGGGGGAGAAGCUCUACUUUGUCAGGCUCGGGCUGAUUGGGCUCCAACGAUACCCAUGUCCCGGUCGGGUUUGCGAGCGCUACUUAUUACCUUGCUGGCCACAGGAUCUGGACCUCACCUUCCCAGAUGGCUGUGCUGAGGAGCUCGAGGCCGGGGGCCUCGUGAUCACCAUCCGGAAGCCAAAGACUCGGCGGCUGUGGCAGACCCAGUUCGUGCUGGUUAAGGACCUGUGCUUGAUUAGGUGGCUGCGGUGGUGGACCGCAGGCACCCGCCAUGAUCGCAUUCUGUUCAGGGUGGCCCGGCGACAAUGGAGCCGCCUCUUUGCCGAAGGCUUGGGCCGUCUUCAUCUGGGCGACCGAGGUUUCACACUCAGCAGCCUUCGCUCCGGAGGUGCAACGUGGCAUUUUCGGGUCUACGAAAAUCUGCCGAAGUUACAGUACAUGGGCCGGUGGUCACGUCCAGACACUCUUAAGUACUAUUUGCACGAGGCCAUGACCAUUAAAGUGGAUGCGGAAGCCAAGCCCGAAUCCAAGGAUGCCGUGCAUUUGGCUUUGCAGCAUGUGGACAAGCUUGAGCUACCACCCCGGAGGCAGAAGCGGAGGAGACCCCCGCCGCAGGAUCUUGCCGCAGGAUCUUCAAGACAGGCAUCUCCGAGGGCUGGUGAGGCAUCCUUGGGGGUCACGGCCUUUGCUUCCGCUACUCCCACUUCGACGUUGCAGCCGCGGGCCACGGGCCCUACCGCCCGAGCCAAGGCGGUCCAAGAAGCUCCGCGUGCCCGGCCGGGCCCCUCGGAGCCCACUCCAGCUGCUCAAGGUGCAGUGACCGGCUCGGCGGUAGCAUACCGCCAAGAUUGGCGCAUCUACCUCAUCCUGGCGAAUCCAAGACAGCCGCACCGCGUGGGCCUAGUGCAAGGACCUGGUGCAGACACAUGGCGGAAGUUGGAACAGUCGCUCCCAAACGGGCGGUUGUCCGGCUCAGCCGUACGGCUCCGACGCGUGGAGAGCUUAGCUCACGCUCAGCGCCUCUGGCAAGAGGCGCUCAUGUCGGCUGUGGGCUCGGCCGCGGAUCGGCUGGGUACUGUGGAAGUGGAUGGUGGUCGCACGGCGGCGGAGAUCCUGGGGGACGAAGCGUCGCAGGCCUCGGCGGCGCGCUGGCGCUCAGGAAGUUUGCAGCGCAAACUGACGGCGGCCUUGGCGAGGUUGGUUACGUCAGUUCAGCAGUGGACUCCUUUGGCGACGCCGCCGGGACCCAGCUCGAGACCUCUGGCUCCCGUCCAACCGCUGCCCCUACGACCUACCACCGCAACCGGAAGUGCGCCUACUAGCUCACUACCGUUUGGUUGGAGGUGGUCCGGCCCUUCGCUCUGCUGGCCACGGACCUGGCGUUGGAAAACACUGGCGCUGCUGGGGCUGAUGUGCCUGUUUCCUCGGGUCGUUGCUCUGCUCCUGGCGUUGCUCUUUCGCCUCUUCAUUCGUGGAUGCCUCGCCUUAGCCAGCCACGUGCUCCGGGAGCUGUGCACGCAGACUUUGGCUUUGGCAGGGGAGCUGGAAAGCUUCAUCGUGGAGUGGCUCACCCUGCAGCUCGGCAUGCAGACGACGACCCCGGCACAGUUGACUCGGCCUUUUCAGGCCCCUCCUAACGACCAUGGUUCCUACGGUUACCAAGACAAUAACAACAACUUUGCUGGAGCUGCUACCCUAGUUGCCCUCCCUGCCCGGCCCCUCGACUUCGUCACUUGGGUGCUCCUCGCCUACAAUAUCUAUCAGCAGCGCCAGCAAGGUCAGUUUGUCGUCGGAAGAAAGUGCCGCUCUUCGGCUUCCGCUGCAUCUUCUUCCUCGACCUCGGUCGUGCCUGAGUAUCCCUUGCAGAGCCCCGGGGCUCAGCGGUUCUACUGCAUCUUGAGGGCAGAGGGCAAGGGUGUACUUCUCCGGGGCUCGCCUCCCCUACCCUUCUUCCCUCAUCCGCUGAUGGACCAGAUCGUCGCCUACGAGACAGGCUCCGUUGAGAUCGUCGAGUUUGCCUGGCCCCCGCCUUCUGAGGAUAGGGCCUCUGCAACAUGCGUCGCCUACUGUAUUAUGAAGCGGCCCUCUGGAUUCUUGCUUUGCAUUCCGGAGGGUUUUCUGUCCCAGGGAGAUCUGGAUGCAGGGCUGCUGCUUGCGGAGGAGGAGGGGAUCGGCCCUUCUCUGUCGAUCCGGGUCGCCCCCGUGAUGCUCACCGAGAGCGGCGACUGGGAGGCCGUGACGGACCCAGAAACCAUCCCGGCCGUCGUGGUGGACCUGUCGGCGCACCUGGCCGAUCAAGUGAGCAUAGCCGACUUGAGCCAGCCCGAUCUGGUUCCUUUCCUCCCGGGGCAGGUGAUGAUGUUUCCUCGUGCCUCGGAGGUGCUGCGAAAGGCAAAGGAGUGGCUGUCGUCGACAGGUGUUUUCCCGGACGACCGGGCUGGAUACCAUACCGCCUUGUCAGGUCAAGAUGCUCCCGCGGCGGCGGCUCAGAGGGAGAGGCAGGCAAAGGCAAAGAAGCCGACUGUGGCUCAGCUUGCCGCCCAGCAGGCAAAGAUGAUGGAGCUUAUGGCCUCAGUUGUCUCCCGGCUGGAUGCAAUGUCCCCAGCCGAGGCGGCCCCUGCACAGAUUGCCCCGGCAGCAGCCGCUGCCCCUGCAACAGAGCUUCCGGCAGCCCGUGCUGUCCUGCGCCAGCCCGUUUCGAGUGUGCUGCCUCCUUUCCAGACGACUCCCAAGCAACUGGCUUCGACUUUGGGCCCUCCUCCCCCCGUGCGUGCUCAGCCCCUGGCUGCCGAGCAGCAACUGGACAAAGAGGAGCUGGCAAACGCAGCAAUGGGAGUCGGCGAAAUCCCCGGCACGCCUGGGUCGGGCUCGCUUGCCUCAGCCGUGUAUGCCCAGAGCCAGGCCUUAGUAGCGUUGGUCAGCCAGAUGUCGUCGAGUUCCGGGGAUCCCCUUCUCGAGGCGCCCGCCGGCCAGGCUUCUUCUGUGAGAGGCUCUCUGGGUCGGGCCCGUUUGCAGGAGGAGCUCGCCGCCAGAACGGGCGGUUUUGCCUCGAAGGUGAAAGCAAACAUGGCACGCCGGAUGGACCCCACAGGAUUGCUGGCGGAGGAUCAGAUCAGCUACAUGCGCUUCCUGGAGAGGCAUGGUGGAUUCUCUUCCCACCACCUCCUGGGCUUGAUUGCCUGGCAAGUGUCCCAGUCGCUGGACUUGUUGAGCAUUGGCUCGGUUUCGGGGGCCCAGGACACUUUAAGCCUGCUUCUUGUGAUGCUGCACCAGGUCGCGCUCGACAAAGGCAACAGCACUUUGGGGUGGCUUCUUACGCUUCAGGCCGAGCCGCCCGCCGGGCUCUUCUCUCAGCAAGCUUCGCUUCCUGGAAGCAGCCUGCAGACUUUCACCCCGCUAGCGGAGCAGCGCUGGGUGACAACGGCGCUAGCUUUCACAAAGGAGCUGGAGACCAUCUCCGGGAGAAUUUCGGAAGGAACUACCAAAGCGACUCAGGAGAGGCCGGCUCCGAAACCUCCCAGCGUUCCGGCUCCCGUGCUGGACACUGCAGAGACCCAGCUCAGUCGAAAGCAGCAAAGGGCAGCCCAGUGGGCCGCCAGAAAAGCCGCGCAGGCGGUGGUGGGUGUCGGUCUUCCCCGGCUGGUGGUUCUUGUCAGGUCGGGCGAUGAUUUCCCUCUCUCCGGUCAGGAUGCCUCGGAGGAUGCUGGUUUUAGCUUUGGCUCCUGGGUAGCGACCUUGCCUCGUUUGAUUGGGCAGGGAAAGACUCAGUUUGCCAGGUACCUCCUUGCCACUUUGCCUUUGCGAAGGGAAGGUUCUCUCACUUCCUCUGCCGCUCUUUUCCCGCUGCCUCUUAAGUUUGAGGGGGCCUUCUACCAGCGGUCCUGCAGAGACGCUGCGGCUUCUCGCCGCCUGGCUGUUGCCCGGUGUACCCACUUGGUUGCGAUGACUUUGAACUACAUCCACGCGGGCUGCCGUCCUGUUCCCUUGCGUUCUUUGCAGAGGCCCCUCUCCUCUCUUCAGGACCAGGUCUAUGAGAGGUUGAGAGGGCUUGUUCGAGCGUGUGCCCGCCAGGCUGACUUUGUUCCUGCCUGUGCUGGGCGUCGCGGCCUGCACUUGGCCGCCCGUCUUUCUGAGGUGUUGGCUUUUGUUAAGGAGAAUGGCCUGGAGGCCGGCCCCUACGCUUCUCCUUCCGUCCCGCCUGAGGGGACGAGUUUCCUUCCUCAUGCUCCUUCCGAAAGUGAGGCCCUGCAGCCCUACAGGAGCAUCCGAGCCGACCAAGUUGUUUUGCACGGCCGUGGGCUUUGGCCUCUCGAGGAACACCUCGGGGCUGACCUCUUUCUUCCUUACGUUGAGCCUGAGGCGAUACGAUGGUGCGGCCCUCCCGCUCCUGCGCCUUCCUUUGCCAAUGAGGGAGGGGGUGAGCUGCUGAAGCUGUGCAAGAUAUGGGACGCAGCAGGCUUGUUGGGACUCACGCCGGCGCCACUCCCGCCUCGUCUUCUCACUCGGGUUUUUGGGGCAUACAAGGGCCCAUCUCAACAGAGGCAGAUAGGAGACAGGCGCGGGAUUAACGCGCUGGAGCGCCGACUCAGAGGGCCUUCUUCGAGAAUGCCCACGGGCCCCCUUCUGUGCCGGCUGCAUGUGCCUUUGGGUUCCUGCCUCUGCGGUUCUGUGACAGACCGGCGGGACUUCUAUACCCAGGCGAAGGUGUCCCGGGAGAGAUCUCUCACGAAUGCGUGCGGGCCUUCAUUGCCUCUUGCUGCCUUGCUUGAAACCGCCGCUGCGAAGGAGCUUCUUGCCCGAGGCCAACAUGAUGUCGUUGAUCCCAACCUGUAUGCAGGGGCUUUGGAUUUCCCACGCCCUCCUCUGCUUGUCGACUGCCGCCAACGCGUGCACCCCACCUUCAAGGCUUUGUUCCAAGGUGAUGCAGGGGGCGUAGAGUACGCUACUUCGGCCCACGAAGGGUUGUUGCAGGCCUAUGGGUGCUUGCUAGGCACUGGUCGACUCGAGAGCAGAAGCCGAGUAGCCCGUGAGGGACCCUGGCAGGGCCUGAUAAUAGACGAUUUCUUCGCCCUUGCCGUCGAGGACGGGUCUCUUGUGCCGGGUGGGCCCUCCGCUUCCUCUGUGUUGAUCGAUCGGGCUAAGGUCGGCUACUCUGCUGAGCAGGUUUUGGGAUCGGACAACAAGGAGGUAAGGAGCCAACGUCUCCUCUCGGUCGCCGGGGCGCAACUGGACUCGACCCCUGCUACCGUUGCCGAAGUCGGGACACUGUGCGGCUACCCUGUGCAAAAGCGCCUUGCUUUAGCCGCUGCCUCUGUCCGUGCGGCGCAGUGCCCGGUGCUCUCCGAGGAACUCGUCUCGUGCCUCACCGGUUGCUGGGUCUCCUGCCUUCUUUACAGACGGUGCUUCAUGUCGGUUCUCGACAAAAUCUUUGCCUUAGGGCGUGCCUCUGCUUGCGAGGGAACCGAUGGCUCGAACCUCCGUGAGCUGCCCAGACGCACCGCCGGUGAGCUUCAGGUUCUAGCCGUGAUCGCUCCGCUUGUUGUCAGCAACCUCUCGGCCGAGCCAGACGAUCGCGUCUAUGCCUCUGAUGCCUCGAACCUCCGUGGUGCCUUCUGCUCCUGCGAGCUUCCUGCCGCAAGCUCUCUUGAGAUUUGGCUUGCCACCGACCAGAAAGGGGAGGCUGUUAGACUUGACGGGGCGCCGAGCCAUUUCCCUGAGCCUGCGAGGGAAGAGGUCGAAGGUGACUGUGCAGAAACCGGGCCCUGUGUUGCGAAGCCUUUUGCCUAUGACUUUGACUUCCUUGAGGUCGGAGGAUCAGGUGCCAUCACCAAGGAGGCCCAGAGGUUAGGGUUUGAUCCAGGGCCCGUUGCCUCUCGCUUUCGGUCCCGCCACUACGACCUUUGUUCACCCAGGUUUCGGGAUUGGCUGCUUCACAUAGUUGGGUGCGGCCGUCUGCGGGCCCUUGUGCUGAAGCCUACGCUGCUGACCUUCAGCCCAGCUUACCGGCCCUGCCCCCGUACCUGGCGACACCCUUCCGGGAAAGAUGCGGUUGAUCCUCGGAUCGAGCGUGAAAACAAGGCCGCUGCCACCAUUUUGGCCGUACUUACGGUUGCUGGCCGUCUAGGGGUGCCUACGAUUUUGGUACUUCCUAGCUCCUCCCUCUUUCCGCGGCUCUCUGCUUGGACUUCACUCCUGAGAAAGGGGGCUUUCCAACGAGUGCGGGUGCCCACCGUCUGCUUUGGUUCUGGUCAGGGUUCAGGGUUCCAGCUCCUCACCGCCGGCAUUGAUGUGCGAGGUGCCCUUGAAGUCUUCAGCCAGGAUAGGAAUUCGGUGACCUGUCCCGCUGGCCCUCCGGCCUUUGCCUCGUGGCUCGCGAGUUUGCUGGCAUUUGCUCUGCCGAAGGCCCCGGCCAGUGGGGACCCGCCUGAUGCCAAAAGGCCUGGGCUCGAGAGCUUCGUCAUCAAUGACAUUCUGUCAUCGGCCUCCUGGGUCGUUGAGGCCUCUUGGCGUUGGAGGCAGGCCGCUCACAUCAACGUAUUAGAGACGCAGGCAGCGGUGCGCACUGUCAGGCACAUCACGAAAAGAGGAGGUGACCGGAAGACCACCCUUCUGCUUGAUUCCUCCGUCGCUAGGGGUGCGAUCUCUAAGGGUCGGUCAUCCUCCCGUUUGCUGCGCCCGGUGCUCCUCCGCAUGUGCGCUACGCUGGUAGGGGGUGGUGUCUACUUGGGCUUGGCCCACGCCCCCACCAGGUUAAAUGUUGCUGACGAUCCGAGCCGAAGCGUUGAUUUGCGCCCGCCGCAGGGCCAAUGCAUCACUGAAGAGCUCGAGCCGGAUGAGCUUCAUAUUGCGUUGGGGCUGUGCGCCCUUUCCAAAGCCUCUGCUGGCUGGGUUAGGCUUUCCCUAGUCCUCUCCUUUCGGGUUUCUAAGUCCGAGCUCCUAGGCCUUCUCGUUACCCUAAGGGAACCCCUUAGAGCCCAGUUCCCCCCUAGUGUGCCUCAUGUGCCGGCCGCCUCCAGCCGCCACGCUUCAGCCUUGGACUUCGAUCAGACCCUAGGUUACCCAGGUGAAGGGCCGCUCGCCCCGAGGCACAAGCAGGACGCCACGCGGCAAAGAGCAAGACUAGACCAAGCCCUGCCUGAAGGCCGGCCGGUCCUUCAGCAGACUUCGAAGAACAGGUCUGCCUUACUAGUCGCCUUCGUCAGCUGGCUGGGUGAGGCAGGUUUCGAGGAGAAUGCUGUUUACGAGUGGCCCGCCGAGGAGCUCUCCAAGGCGCUCGCGAAGUUUGGUCGGGAACUUUUCGAGGCUGGCUACCCCUACUGGCAUCUCUCGGAGACGAUAAAUGCUUUGGCAGCAAAGCGGCCCGCCAUCAGGAGGCAGCUUCAAGGGGCCUGGGACGUUGCCUUUGCAUGGAUGGCUUUGGAGCCUCAUACCCACCAUGUUGCUAUGCCUGCCAUCAUCCUCCUCGCAGUACUCUCUGUAUCUCUCCUUUGGGGAUGGAGAACUGAAGCUGGAGUUUUUGGCUUGGCUUGGGGCGCUUUGUUGAGAAUAGGGGAAGCGAUAAAUGCUACCAGGGCCACACUUGUGCUGCCAAGGGACGUGCUCUGGUCUCAGGACUUCGUCUUGCUUAGCAUCGCUGAACCGAAGACGCGAUUUCGUGCUGCAAGGCACCAGGCUGCGAAACUGGAGGCUUCGGACCUGGUCACUUUGGCCGACAUCGCUUUCUCGCGUCUGCAGCCGAGUAGCAGGCUCUGGCCCUAUUCGGCUCAGACGCUCAGGAGGCGUCUGGAUACAAUUCUAGAGGCGCUCCUCAUCCCAACGGCCAGGAAUGAGGAGCGGCCUCUAGAUCUUGGUUCUUUCAGACCCGGUGGCGCCACCUACUUGCUUCAAGCGACAGAGGACGCCGAGCUCGUCCGUCGCCGGGGCCGUUGGGUGAGUCACAAAGUCAUGGAGGUGUACCUUCAAGAAAUAGAGGUGGGGGGCGAUGCUGGGCUGGCGGAGGGUGUUCGCGUGCAGUAUCUCGGUGCGAUGCGAUGUUACGGUGUGUAUGGGCGAUGGCAGAAUGGUGAACUUGAUGAUGCACAGGUCAUUGCUUGCUACGGGACCUCGGUGCUUGAUUUGUUCCAGAACCAGUUUGCAGUCAUGAGCGGGGUUGAGGAGGACACGAACGAGCAGCUCAAAGGCAUCAUCCGCUCUGGCCGGGUCACGGUCGAUGGCGAGGUGGUGCGGAACCUGAAGCAGGAGGUGGCUUCCGAGGCAACUCUGGCCAUCGACGGGAUCGAAGUAGAUCGCGUUCCACCCCUCCUCCUCAAGUACCACAAGCCCUACGACGUGAUCACUUCCAUGGACGAGAAAGGGCGCCAGGAUUUAUCCGAUGCGCUGCCCGGGCAAGCUGCGCCCUGGGACGAGAACGCCGUGGACGAGGCAAGACUUCGAUUGGGCCCCGGUCGCCAGGUGCAGGAAGUGCGUGACACCUUGGCAUCUGAGGGGUUGAGGCCGUGGUUGUCUUUGGAGCAGUACCAUCCUGUCGGCCGCCUGGACCGCGACACCACAGGGCUCCUCCUACUAAGCCGAGAUGGGAAGUUGACCUCGAAGUUGCUGAACCCGUCGAAGGAGGUGCCUCGCCGCUACGAGGCGGUUGUGGAUGGCGACGUGACGAAAGCGGCAAACGAGAAAGGCGCGUCCCUCGCCGACGUCCUUGAGGAUGGAGUUGUGACACAGGAAGGCAUCUUUCCGGGUACGCUGCUAUCCUCGGAAUUGCUAUCAGAUGAGGAAGCCGCCGACGUGGGCCACGCCGACGCCAAGAAGAAGGGCAGUAAGGCUCUCCGGCGAGGUCCCAAGUCCCGCGUGGCGCUGGAGGUGGCCGAGGGAAAGUAUCGCAUGGUUCGCCGGAUGCUCUACACAUGCGGGCACGAAGUGGUCGAGCUUCACCGAACCAGCUACGGGGCGAUCUCCCUGGGAGAUCUCCAGGUCGGGUGCGUCGAGCGUGUGACACCACAGGAGGCAGACUGGGCGCUUCGGCUCAUGGAACCGAAGCGGGCGGCAUGA